AUGAUCAUGAGUCAAAUGAUGAUGUUUUUGAAGACGACUUUGUUGAACCAGGUCCAGAAGUACCACAAAAUGCACCAGAUAGUACACAAUCCAAGGAAUUGUAUGGUUUGUUUAACUGCUACUCCUGGUGAAAUUGUAGCUCAACAUAUAGUGCCUUUUGGUCAUGCCUGGGUGUGCGAAACAUGUGUUUCAGUGUUGGAUGGUCAAUAUCAUAGAACGUGCCCAGUCUUACGAGGAGAUGUACUUCGUUUUCAAAGAAUGUUUUUGUCAUAA